AUGUUGUCGAAUUUAAUUGUAACAACCCAACGACUUGUUGUUAUUCUUGAUGAUAUAGGUCAAGAGAACAUUUCACAGAAAUUUCUUACACAACUGCUCAAAGAACAAGGAGAAGAUGGUUUUAUAAAAACAUUUCCCUUGAAUGGCCAAUCGGACGCCAUCAAUUCUCUGCAGAAAUUUCUAGCCGAAAGUUGUAACGGAAAAUUAUCAGAAUGCAAGAAGUGGAAUAUUAUUUUACCAAACCUUUCCGAUUGGUUGGCAUAUCAAAAACCCUGUGAGGUUUUCGGCUGCCUUAAUAAAUUGAAGAAGAACGAGAAUACAAAGCGAACGUUACUGUGGAUAUCGAAACAACAUUUGAACGAUGAGCAUGGAUUAUUUUUAAUCGCUGCCUGUGAAUAUAUGGCAGAUAUUGUUUUGAAUUUACACACAGAUAAAGAACUGACGAUUCUAACAAGAAAAUCGGGUGGCGGUGUUACAAAUAACCGUUAUACAUAUACCAAAACGAAGAAUGAAUUUAUGGUCCAAUUGAAAAAACCGGAAGCGGUGUCAAAGAACGUCUGUGGCACGGAAACGGAUGGCGAAAAGAAGGAGCAAAUUGGAACAUUUAAAAUUGAAUUGGAUGAAGAGGAAAUGAUGGCGCGUAAUGCAAUGAAAAUGCCCUAUGAAAAGGCUUUGGAAGCUACUGAAAGUAAUAUUAUAUAUACUCCGGAUGCUGCCGAUGACUUUGAUGAUGAAGAUCCCGAUGAAGAUUUAAAUAUUUAAUCCACUCAG